GCCUAUUUGGUGGCUAAAAAAGUCAUUUCUUUGUGCCAUGCAUUGUUGGAUGUGUUUGAUUAUCAUGAUUGGUUUAGGCCUGUUAUGUAAAGACUACUAUGUAGUUGAUCUUGGUAAUACAAUGAGCUUAUGACAAAAAAAAAAUUAUCCUUCUUGCCAGUCAUUCCUUAAUACUGCUUACACAUUUUCUAAAUUUUGACAUUUUGUUAUAACUAAUUAUAUUUUAGUUAGAUGCUUCCACACCGCUCUUCCAUUUGCAUUGUCCACAAUACAACUCCCAGAAUACAAUUAGGUUUUUUUAAUUAAUGGCCAUUAACAUUUGUGGAACUCUUACCCACUUUAAGCAGUAAAAGAGGACGCGAAAGGGAGAGAAGAAACAAAGCCCUCUAAAUUAUUUCUCUUGUUCUUGCUCCAUUCAUCUUUUCCAACCUUAAACUUUAAUUGGGUUUUUGCAAAUAGACAGCUUACACAUCUGUAGAAGGUAUGUGUUCUUCGUUAGAAUUAUUUUGAAUCAUUUAUUUUUUCAUUUUAUAUUUUCUUGGGUUUUGCAUUUCUAGAUUAUUGAAGAAUUACAUAAGAAAAUAUUGGUGGGUGAUUAAGAUCCAGAUACAAUAUGUCAAUCCCACACAACAAGAACAAAGACCCGAAAUCGAUGAAGGGUCUCUUAAAGGGCCUACGAUACAUUUCUCAGAUAUUUGAUGAAGAAAAGGAAGCGGAAAUGCAGAUUGGUAACCCUACAGAUGUUAAACAUGUUGCCCAUAUUGGUUGGGAUGGCAACAAUGAUAGUCCUCCCACUUGGAUGACUGAAUUUAAAGGACAGUCAGGAUCUAGUUCUCCCAAUGGGAAUCGAGACUUGAAUAAUAGUUCAUCAUCCUUGCAGUCUAUCCCUGAAGAGCAUAAGAGUGCUACAACUUCUCCAAGAAGGAAUGGCACCGUGCCACCGUCGGAGCAGCAAACAAAGUCAUCAAGACGACGAUCAUCAGGCAACGGUGAAGUAGAGAACAAGCAACACAAACAAACGAGGAAGGCUUCCAGAAACACAAAUAGGGAGGUCCAGAAUCAGGCUGAUGGUGCUUCCAAAUCAACAUCAAGAAGCAGUUCCAAGGAUGGAGAUGUUAACAAAGUCGAAGAUGCUCAUAAGAAAUCAGGGCGGCGAAAGAAAUCAAAAGAAUUGGUUGGGGCGAGUUCCAAAUCCAAGUCGAAAGCAACAACGUCGGGGAUCGGAGAUGGUCAUAAUGUCGUUGACGGCUUUAAGAGCGAGGUGUUGUCGGAGAAACAGAGUCAUAUAUCGAAUUCAAUAGUAUGAGAAGAGCGCGACAAUAGAUUCCCUUGAAGACGUUCACAAAGCUCAGCUUUGCAUGUUAUAUGGAAACAUCCUUUUUUGUUCCUUUCACUAUAUUGUAGCUAACUUGUGCGCUAGAUUGCUGUUAAUACGUAUCUCUUAUUCUAAGAAUAGCAACACCAACACGUACACUAUCUUUCUUCUCUCUUUUUUUUUUUUAUAGAAGACCAAGAUCAUUUUAUUCAACUGGUGGUGAUAAUGAAUUUAUCAUCUUUUCUUAAAUGUGAGAUAAACAUGGUGGCCUUUCUAUUCAAAUAUCAUCUUCCCUUCCCAAUUACAAUUUGUGGGUCAAGAGGUGAGCCCGUCUAUUUAAAUUUUUCUUUAUUUUAUAAUGGUGAAAUAGUUUAUUAAGUUUCGGAAAAAAAAAAACAGAGCAAAAGUCAAACAAACACACUAACUACAGCAAAGGGGAAGCCAACUGAACGGUCACCAACAUACAAACUGCCCAGCGAGCAGUUCCCACAAAAGCGCAAAACAAAUUCAAACAAUUAUAAAAUCUAACAGACACCAAGCUCAAGGAGAGUUAAGCACCACUCAAAGUCAAAAGCGACAUCAGUACAACAACUGAGCAAGACCCUCUUGCAACCGACCUCAAAUUUAUCAAGAUUCCCUAAUGCUUCACUGCUGCACUGCAACACCUGAUCUACCACACUAUUUGUGAAAACCUGCAGGUCAGGACAGAUGAUCCACACUUUCCUCUUCCUUGCAACACAUCACACAACGAUUUGGAAGCGCCCAGCCACGUUUCUUCAAAUUAUCCUGAGUUAGAAUCUUGUUAUGGUAUGCAAAUCUCCACUCUGAGGCUUUGUGAGGGUAUUUGAGGCUUAUCAACUCCCUCCACCAUUCAUCUCUCUCACGGGCAAAUCUCCACAACCAUUUAGCCACCAAAGCUGUAUUUCGGGUCUUUUUGGUGCCUUGCAAGUUUCCCAAGCCAUUAGAUGGAUCUUCCUCCCUUGACUCACCCUUGACCAGAUGAAUUCCUUCUAUCCUUUCCAACUUAGCGACUUUGCUGGCUGGUGCAAGAAAUAUUAAAAUUGCCACUCAUAGCUCCAUUCAAUUUAGUCUUUACUGGUGGGCAUCAACCCAAAUCUCUUUGCAAACAUCACCAAGCUCCAUAUAAGUUGUGUCUUGUUGAGCAUCUUUUGGAGAAAAACAGUCUUUAUCUUCAGUUGGUUUUCGUGGAAUCAGAAUCUUUAUGAUGCUCCUUUUGUCUUGUGGAUUGUAGUGUGUUUGUAGAAUGUACAAAUUCCACCUUUUCAGGAUUGAUUUUAUAUUAAUUUCGAGACUGAUAUGGUUAAUCACCUAGCUCUAACAUAGAAUUCUCCUCCCCAGUAUCAUUUUAUAUUCCCACUGCUAUUUUUUACUCAUUUCUCAUGUUCCAUCUUAAACCUGAUGCAAACAACUUCUUUGAUGUCAUAAUGCUUCUCCAAAAUCCAAAAACAUAACUGGGAUUGUAGUCCUCAAUCACUGCCAGUAGGUUUUUUAUUAGGAUAAGAUUUUUCUUUUAAAAAUCAAGGACCAACAAAGGAAAGGAAUUUGACCUAAUUCCAUACUUAUUUACCGAGUAAUGCUAGUUUAAAAUGGGUAUGAAUACUAUAACAACACCAUGGAUAUUGUCAUAGUAACAUUAGGGGUAAAGAGAAAUUAACAAUGUACAAUUAAAUCUAAAACAAAAAAUCAAAUCCUUCUCCGCCUUAUUCCAUCCAGAUCUUAAUUAUCUUCUUCAUCCCUUCCACCCCCAUGUUUCUUCUUUAUUUGGCGCAGGAGCCGGCGCCAAUCCACGUCGUUGUCUCCGCACUUCAGCUUCCUCACCAAUUUCUCCACCUCCGGCGGCUCGAAUUCCAUCUCCUCGUCCUCAAUUAUAGUCGACCCCGCCGGUUGCUUAAUCUCGGGCAUAUGCGCGGCCCACUGCAGCGGAGUUCCUUGAUACUCUGUCGGCAGAGGUGGGGGUGGAAGAAGCGUGUCGAAUGUAGCUUACGGAGGAGGCGGGGCAGGGGCAGUUGCGGGGAAAACAGAAGAAGAUGAGGAAGAGAGGAUCGCGGUGGCUGUAGGGGUGGAUAACGAGGGAGGGAUCUCACCAUGGGCGAAAUCGCUGUGAUCUCGGUGGCUGUAGGAGACUACACACACAAUUUAGUUCAAUUGCCCUUAUAUCCUAUGAGACCUAGUUGAUAAGAGUAUGUUCCCGGACAAUUGAAGUAGGGUAGAUCCAAGACAAGUAAUCUUAACUAUAUAUAUAUAGUGAUUGCUUCGGUGCACUCACAGAAAUGAGUGCAUUCAAUGCACUCGGCUCAAAAUCUAGUAUUAAGGUGUCGGAUUUUGAAUUUUAAUUUAUAUAAUUAGUGUAAAUGAUGAUAUAACAUAUGCUAACAACUAAUUAGCGGAUUACCCUAAGCCCUAGACCUCCAAUUUUGAGUUCUAUCCCUAAACCCCAAAUUGUAAACCCUAACCCUAACCCUAAAUCUCUAAACUCUAAAUCCUUCAAAUUAAAGUAAAUCUUUAAU